AUUUAAUCUGUACGUAAUGAACGACGAAGUAAACUGUCAUGUUUACCUUUUUGUUGACAAAAUUUCCCAUAUGAUUAUGGUGCAAUUACUCUGAUUAAUUUAUAUUUCCUCUCAGCAUUCAUGAAAGAGUAUAGCUUUACCACCUGCCUUGAUCUCGUUUAAGAGAAAAAUGUCUUCAAGCUCUGUAGAAGACAUUCCGGAGCAGUGUAAGGACCUGUUUACGCAAGAUGGCGUGCUACUCAAGGCGUGCAUGGGCCGUCCGAUCACAGACCUCAACUCGAUCGGCAUGCUGUGCGUGGUGCUCAACCCCAACGGCAGCAAGUGCAUCGAGUGGCGGCCCAACGACCUCAUCACCAUCGACUCCGACACGCAGGAUCAGGAGUGGGCCGUAGUCAACACUAUAGGUCGAAGACAACGCACUCUCAGCGGUAACAUCACUUCCGAUUACGCAAACGCUCGCUCCCGGAUCAUAAAAAUAGCCCUCGACGACCUGAAAACCUUCAGAGUCACUCGCAACAACCAGCAGAUGCAGUUCUCCACCAAACCAGGCAUUUGGCAGACCACUUUUUACUUCCAACAUGGGAACGCGGAAAUAUUCGUCGCGAAUUUGAAGAACCACAUUAAAACAGCAAAGACAAGACAUGACAGAAACACAUAUGUAGUAAUCGAGCCAAAUGUGGAGACGCAAGUGCUGAAUAAGAGUUUUGCAGAACUAGAUAUCUUCACGGAGAACACUACAGAUGUUGUGUGGAAUCUGGUGUCGAAUUUCAAGCAUAGGCCUUAUGAGACCACUAUGACUGCGUUUUCUAAGCUUACGGAUAUUGGAUCGAAUCCACAACAAGGUUGCUCUACAAUUGACCUCGAGAAAUUAUAUUAUGGCAACGAGGCUAACGGCAAACGCGACGUGUCGGAAGAGGUGGCAGACUUGCUCACAAAGAGCAUGAGUGCGAUGGAAGACGCCACCACGGUCACUAAGUCCGAUGAGUACGAAGUCAUCAGCGUCAAACCAACGCUGCCGCCGAGACCUAUCAUACCUAGAGGAACUCCACUAUCCACUGAGAAAUGGGAAGGUCUGCAGGACACGGAAGGCAGGGUCACGGAGGUCGACGGAGUAAAACAGCUCAUCUUUAGAGGGGGUGUAGCCCACUCGAUACGCCAGUCGGUCUGGAAAUAUUUACUAGACUACACACCCUGGCACAUGACGCAUACAGAAAUACGAUCCUUACAACGCAAACGCACAGAGGAAUACUUCUCCAUGAAGCUCCAAUGGCGCUCCAUGACCGAAGGCCAAGAGUCCAGGUUCUCGGAGUACAGAGACAGAAAGAGUCUAGUGGAGAAAGACGUUGCAAGGACAGACCGGACCCAUCCGUUUUUCGCUGGUGACAAUAACCCGAAUCUGGCGGUGCUGCAAGAUAUUCUGAUGACAUAUGUCAUGUACAACUUCGACCUUGGCUACGUGCAAGGCAUGAGCGAUAUUUUGGCACCGUUGCUGCUACUUUUGGGGAAUGAGGUGGACAGUUUUUGGUGUUUCGUUGGCUUCAUGGAAAGAAUUGCGUACAACUUCGACAUGGACCAAGCGGGCAUGAAGCAGCAGCUCCUGCAGCUGCAGCAGCUGCUGACGUUCUGCAGCCCGGAGCUGGCGCAGCACCUGGCGCAGAAGGACUCCGGCAACAUGUACUUCUGCUUCCGCUGGCUGCUGGUCUGGUUCAAGCGAGAGUUCUCCUUCAGGGACAUUAUGAGGCUAUGGGAAGUCCUGUGGACGGGGUUGCCGUGUGCCAACUUCCAUCUGCUCAUUUGUGUCGCUAUACUCGACGCCGAAAAAGACACGAUAAUCAACAACAACUAUGGUUUCACUGAAAUAUUGAAGCACGUAAACGACCUAUCUAUGUGCCUGGACGUGGACAAAAUAUUAAGCACAGCCGAGGGCAUGUACCACCAAAUAAUAUCAGCGCACCACCUAACAGACCAAAUCAGGAUCAUACUCGGAAUGACUCCUCUGAACGUUUCCGUGUCAACGAAUUCGGACGACGAGCCAACGACGAGCGGAGCUAAUGGUAUGGAGAAAAGUGAAAAUGCCCGAGACCCUCUCUUGAACCCAGGGAUGGAUGAAGUUAUGUAUCAAAUAGGAUUAGACAUGAAUUUUUGAGCACGCGGAACUCGAAUAUAACGGAUUAAAAAUAUCUGUCGUAACCACCAGCGUCUGGGCCUUACUUGCCUAAAACACGAAACCAUAAAACUACAGAGAGACUAGUGAAAGUGAUAAUUUUUCUAUUUUUAUAAAGUACUCGUGGUACUCCUAAAAUAAAAAAAAUAGCUGUCCAUGAUUGUGUCACAGUACCUAAGUCUCCAAAAAUUUCCCGCUAAAAUUAGCUAGUGAGACUUAUAAAACAUAUAGGGUUAAUUAAAGCUUUUAUAUUAAUGGCGCAAUAUCAAGUUUAUAGGCUUUCCUAUUGACACGUUGUAAUACACUGUGAAUUUAAGUUUUGCCUUACCCGGACGGGUUAUUGUUUUAAAUGGUGCCUUUAAAUAUAAUAGGUGUCUUGUGAAAUUCGUCAAUGAACGACGAAGGAUCGCCUAAAUUAUAGGAUACUGAAUAAUUUGACUGCAAUUUGAUAUACAUAUUUAAACACCAGUGGCCUAUUUUAUAAAGCUACAAUUUACAAGCGGAAGUCUCGUUCUAACACAUAGGGUUAGAAAGAGACUUUAUAAAAUAGGCCACUGGUGCUUGUAUUGUGCACUAUAUUCCAGAUUAAAAUUAAAAUUUUUGUGCCAUAGACUACAUAGGUACAUUGAUAAUUUCAGUUGUUUUCCGUAGACACAUUUAGAUUAAAUAACAGUUACCUAUUUAAAAUAACAAUGGUGUUUUUAAGGUAACAAUAUGUCAAUUCAAUUUAUGCAAAGUGGGUUUCAUACAUAUAUGUUUGUUAUAAACUUAUACUUAUUCUUUUUAGUGUUAGCAGUUAAGUUACGUGAUUCCAUUUUAUCUUGCCCUUUUGCAAAUUAAUAAUGUUGGUAUUCAGUGCACUUGGGUGGUUUCCACACUUGUAGUGUUCUCUUAUUUUCAACUGACAUUGGCACAGAAAAUACGGUAAUUUAUGGGAAUAUUGUACUAGUACCAUUGUUAUGUACUUGAGUAAUAUUUUGGCACAUUCUGUAGAUUGUAACAUUAGAGGUUCUUUCAUUUUUUUAAAUCACCAAAAAUUUGAUGUAUAAUUUUGUAUUAACAACCAAUAGCAUACAAUUCCUUUUCCUUUGUUUGUAAUUCCCAAGACAUCAGAAAUCAUCAAAAUGCUACCUUUUAAAUUAGAAUUUAUUGUAUUUUUUAUAGAAUAUAGAAAUUUAUUCAUAAAAUAUUUUGGUUUGUGUUACCUAUUCCAAGUCGUCACACGACUAUACAGGAUGUCGCAUUCAUGACGGAAACAGGAGAAUUAAUGGUUUCGGAGAAAGCUUAACAUUGUACUUCACGCCAAUAAACAGAGGGCUCAAAAUGUGCCCUGUGUACAAUUAUUCACGCACAUUCCCUAUUGAAUUAUAAGUAAUAUGUGCUGAAUGCUAGAUAAAGUUGUCCCAUGAAUGUCAAUGUCUAACCGUUCUGUUUACUCAUAUCAAAAUUGUUAUUGUAAAAUGUUUUUUAGUUAUUGUAAUUCCAGUACAAAAAGUUUAUUUUAAACAGUAGUAAAUUUUUAUACAUUCAUUUACAGAUAAAAUAUAAUUCCUUUUUUAAAUGUUAAUUUAUUGGAAACUAUAAGCUUUUUGGUACCUUACAAUGUUUUAUUUAUUCUUUGGAGGAGUAUCAAUAAAAAAUGUUAUGUACACAUUACAUCACUUUAAACAUUUGUAAAAAGGAUUGCUGUUCUGGGGGAUUGGUGAUUAAGGUAGUCAUAUUUGCAGCUACCUAUAAUAAUAUUUUGCACCACUUUAUGCAGCUUAUUCUUUUGUCUAUGGUUGUACCACAAAACCCCACCUAGUACAUAAAUAAAGGAUUAGAUCAAUUUAAUAAAGUACCUAUUAAAUCUCUGGAGGAUUGAGUAAAUGAGUGAUCAUUAUUA